AUGAUCAAACAGAUAUUGGGUAAAAUACCUCGGAAACCCUCAAAAUCAUCGCAAAACGAUGCGUAUAAUGACGGAGGGGCCAAUGGGAAUGGGCCCAAUUCAUUUCACAGCUCAAAAUCUACUUCGUCUUCAUCAAAAUCUUCCAACUUGGGUUCAGGCGCUUCACGCUCGAGCAAUGGAACUCUUGCCCCACACUCAUCGAGCUCGACUAAAUCCAACCACUCGAAGAAAUCAGCUCCCAUUGCUGCCCAAUUGGGUCCUUUGUUGUCUUCUGGAGCCUACGAGGCUUUGCCGAGCUUCAGGGAUGUUCCCAGUUCAGAAAGGCAGAAUCAUUUUGUUAAGAAAUUGAAUAUGUGCUGUGUUGUGUUUGAUUUUAAUGAUCCCUCGAAGAAUCUGAAGGAGAAGGACAUCAAGCGGCAAACUUUGCUUGAACUUGUUGAUUACAUUUCAUCCGUAACUUCAAAGUUCAAUGAGAUGGCAAUGCAGGAGAUUACAAAGAUGGUGGCAGCCAAUUUGUUUCGUACAUUUUCAUCUUCUAAUCCUGAUAACAAGCUUCCUGAAAUGUACGACCAAGACGAAGAGGACCAAAUGAUGGAACCAGCUUGGCCUCAUCUUCAGAUUGUGUAUGAAUUUCUAUUGAGAUUUGUGGCUUCGCCAGAGACGGAUGCCAAGCUUGCUAAAAGAUACAUUGACCAUUCGUUUGUGUUGAGACUACUUGAUUUGUUUGACUCUGAGGACCAAAGAGAGAGAGAAUACUUAAAGACAAUCCUCCACCGUAUUUAUGGGAAGUUCAUGGUGCAUCGACCAUUCAUUAGGAAAGCCAUCAACCAUAUCUUCUUUUGGUUCAUUUUUGAGACUGAGAAGCACAAUGGGAUUGCAGAAUUGCUUGAAAUUUUAGGCAGCAUAAUCAAUGGUUUCGCGUUGCCUUUGAAGGAAGAGCACAAGCUGUUCCUUGUCCGUGCCUUGAUUCCCCUUCAUAAGCCCAAGUGUGUAUCUAUGUACCAUCAGCAACUUUCAUAUUGCAUCAGUCAGUUUGUGGAGAAAGAUGCCAAGCUGGCUGAUACUGUGAUUCGAGGACUGCUGAAGUAUUGGCCCAUAACUAAUAGUUCGAAGGAAGUUAUGUUCCUUGGUGAACUAGAAGAAGUUCUGGAAGCUACCCAGGCAUCAGAAUUUCAGCGCUGUAUGGUCCCUCUAUUCCGUCAAAUUGGUCACUGCCUCAACAGCUCACAUUUUCAGGUAGCUGAGCGUGCCUUGUUUUUGUGGAACAACGAUCACAUAAGAACUUUGAUUACACAGAAUCGUCAAGUGAUUCUGCCAAUAAUCUUCCCAGCUUUGGAAAAAAACACACGGAGUCAUUGGAACCAAGCUGUUCAGAGUUUGACAUUGAAUGUGAAAAAGAUAUUCGCAGAUAUCGACCAAGAACUCUUUGAUGAGUGCUUGCUCAGUUUCCAAGAAGAUGAAUCUAAAGAGAAAGAAACACAGGACAAACGUGAAUCAACCUGGAAGCGUUUAGAAGAUGUGGCUACCUCCAAGGCUUUGGGCAACGAGGCUGUGCUUGUCUCAAGAUUUGCCUCCUCCGUUGCCAUUGCUACUAACCCAAAACCACGGGCUACUUCAGGUAGUUGA